CAAACAGAAAUGGUGAAUUAAAUUUGCUACUUCCACAUCUGGGAAUAUUAGCCGCCUAUCUUUAACAAUGAAACAUUUUGGAGAAAUAUGUAUUUUUACAUACAUAUAAUGGAGGCAAGUGAAAAAGUAAUUUAAAAUAUUUAAUGAUGGCUGCAAUUAGUACAUAAUUCAUAUGAACUUGGGCACAGACUACAGAGAAGACAGUCAAAGGGAAAAGAGGGCUGGGGCCACAGGGGGCUGCCUGUGUCUGAGUCCUAAGCUUCCUUUUUGGAGUUGUAGUGUUUUUCAUGAGGGGAAAAAAAGGAGGGGGGGGCAGAGGAAAGGACACUGACUACAACUUCCUUCUCUACCCUCUAAAUUGGUUUUCACUAUCUUUCUAAAUGGGUUUGGCUAACUUUUUUUCAAGUUUGCUGUUCUGUUUUGAUCAUAGUAGUACUCUGAGAAGUAAAAGGAUAGAUUUAGAUACAAAUAAAGUUAUCAGAUUAAAACAGGCUGAAUAACUAUAAGCUGGUGAUCUAAUGGGCAGCGUGUGACUAUAUACUAACACAGCAUUGUAUGCUUGGAAUGUGCUAAGAGAGUGGAUUGUGUUACACACAUAGGAGAGGUAACUGUGAGAUUGCACAGGGGUUAACUAGCUUGGCUGGGGGCAUCAAUCCACAAUGCAUAGGUAUAUCAAAAUGUGUUUUACUCCUGAAAUAUACAUAAUGAUUAUUCGUCAAUUAUACCUCAAGAAAGCUGAAAAAAUAAAAGCACUCCAUUCUCACUGCAGAAAUUUGGAAAGACACUUAACAGUCUCAAGAAACAAAAUGGCCACAAUGCUGACACCCAGUGACAAAUUAGAUUGAUAUUCUACAAACUGCCUUUCAGUCUAGGAGCUGGACUUCAUUGACUUCUGAGCACCUCUGGAACACAUCUUUAAAUAAGGCUUUAGACAACUGACUAAAUUAGUACACCUGCACUUUUAAAACACAAAAAAACCCAAACCUUAAAACUAUAAAGCAUGUUGAGUAAGUCAUUUCCUGCAUAGGAGAACUGCCCUUUUUACUUUGUAUCAUGAGCUUACCUGCUAAGACUUUUCCACAGUUUUCCAAAAGCACUGCUGACACUCAAAAAAAUGUAAUGCACUUUCCUCUUUCCUAAAGGACCUGCCUCCAUGCCAGGGUUGCAACUUCCCGCAGCACCCUGUGCUCUGCCCAGGGAGGGCCAGCAGAGAUCAUGCCAGGUCCUGUCAUCAGCCAGCACGUGUGUGCCCCGGAUGCUGAGCCACACUUACAGGUCAUAGGAGAACUUCCUCUCCAGGUUGGUCUGAUUCUUCUGGAACUGGAGGACAUCCCGCUGCAGCUUUCCGUAGUUCUUCUGAAGGGCCUUGAACUGGUCUAAGCCAAGACGAGGAGCACAGGUCACCAGCAUGGCCGUCAUGACAAGGACAGACAUGUCAAAACCCAGGCAUCAGAACAGUGGCCAGGGGCACCCGAGAGAAUGUGGGGGUGGCAGUGGGUGCCGAGGAAGGCCAGAGAUCACGGUCCCUCCCUAAGACCACUGCAGCCCACCGUGGAGGAUCAGCAACUCCACCGGAACCUGCUCCUUCAUUCUUUCCCAAACAUCUCCCUCAAAUCUUUUUUACCUCCAACCAUUAAAAUGCAUCAGGACCCUCUAUUCACCAGUUUCUUUCUUAGACACCACAAACCCUGAGCUGUCCCCCAGGUCAUGCACACCUGGCGCCCCCUACCCCCGGCAGACUCAUCCUUUGGUCAGUGACUUGCUGAUCCCGAUGUCCAGUCAGAUAAGCAGUCACUCCUGCCAAACCUCCCUUGUCUUGGCUACCAGGCUGCCCACCAGUAUCCUCACCUGGUCAUUUGUUCCCAGCCAAGCCAUUCUGAGGCCCCAUGUUCAUUAAUCCUCUGACCCCACGAUCUGGGGAAGAGCAGCUUUCUUUGAGGAAAUUCAUCAGCCCUGGCCCUGCUGCCCUGAUGAUUUGUCUCCUACCAGCUCUGCAGGAAAAGCAGCAGCUGACAACAGGCGAGGCUGGGGUGACAGGGAGGUGACACCAGCAGGGUGGGCAGAUGGCAGCAACCAGGCCCAGAACACGGCCCUGUGGCUCCAGCCCUUGCCUCAUAAUGCUAGGUCUACAGGCUCUCUGGGGGGAAAUAAAAUUAAAUUAAAGUGGAGGGGUCAAGAACUAUGGAUACACAGCAACAAGGACCCACCUCAAAGGCAGGUACUGACAAGGUGGAGAAGACAAACUGCAGGAUGGAGAAGGGGCUGGAUGCCUGAGGCCGAGUGGGGACAGCGGCUGGGACACCUCCUGGAGAGAGGGCAGGGCUACAUCUGGACUGUGCUGGUCUAGGGACCUGCAUUUGUCCACACCAUAGACGUGCACUCUCCGGAGGGUACGCCUUACUGACUGUAAACUACACUUCAAUGAACCCAGCUUAAAAGAAACACAUUCCAUACUCAGACCAAGUAUGGGGCAAUGGAGAAGUGCUCAGCACUAAGGGGAGAUCUGACAUCAGUAACACGGAUGGCUCUCAAAAAGGGGCCAGACGAACAAGGGCACAGACAGUCUGAUUCCAUGCACAUAAAGCUGUGAAAAAUGCAAACUGAGCUACACAUUCAGAAGGCAGAUCAGAGGCUGCUCAGGAAGAUGACCAAGGGGCAUUGAGAAGGUUCUGGCAGUGGUGGGUAUAUUCACUACAUUGAUUUUAGCGGUGGUUCCCUGAAGGGUACAUAUAUGUCAAAAUUCCUCAAAUUGUGCACUUUAAGUAUCUAUAGUUUAUAGUACGUGAAUCAUGCCUGAUUAAAGCAGCUUAAAAAUACUUAAAGAGCACACUGAGGUUUCAGUUGUAGUUACCCUCAGACCCCAUAUGGCCCUCUCUACCCUCUUUCCCCCGGAGCCAGUUUGGCGACCGUGAUUCCCUGCUGUCUCCCACCUCUGACAGGCCUGGAAUGGCCUCUGAGAUAAGGCAAGGCCCGGGUGCUUCGGCUUCCCGGGAAUUAGGAAGUGCCUUAGGGCUGUUUUCUUUCCCAGAGGUCCCACCAGUGGCCUACAGAUAUCCAGGACUUCUAAGCAUGUGAAAAGGGACCUCCCCAGGGGAAACGAGAUCCCAUGUGGAACCUAGAAGGAGGGCUGGAGGCUCUGGCCCCGGGAUGCCUUCCCCGUCCCUUUUCAGCCAGGGGCCCAGUACGGGUCAGUGGCCGAAGUUCUCUGUGGAAACAGGCCCGAUGGCAGCCGGAUCCGCAAACAUGAAUCCUGUGGUCGUGGUCCAUGGGGGCGGGGUCAGCAGUAUCUCCAAGGACCGGAAAGAGCGGGUGCACCAGGGUGUUGUCAGAGCCGCCACUGUGGGCUACAAUGUCCUCAAGGAGGUAAAGAGCGUGGUUGACGCCGUGGAAGGAGCCGUGACCGUCCUGGAGGAUGAUACCGAGUUCAACACAGGUUGUCAGUCUGUCUUGAACGUAAAUGGUGAAGUUGAAAUGGAUGCUAGUAUCCAUUCCAUGAAUGGAAAAGACCUGUCUGUAGGAGCUGUGUCUGCAGUCCGCUGUACAGCAAAUCCCAUUAAACUUGCACGGCUUGUUCUGGAACAGGCAUCUCAUUGCAUUCUGACUGACCAAGGGGCAGAAAAAUUUGCAGCAGCCAUGGGGGUUCCAACGGUUCCUGGACAGCAGCUGGUUACAGAGAGAAACAUAAAGCACCUAGAAAAAGGGAAGCAUCAGAAAGGUGCUCAGAAACCAGGCUGUCAGAAGGAAAUGCUUUUCCACAUCACUUGCUCUGUCUUGGAAGCAAAGGCCACCUGAAUCUAAAGGUUUGCGGAUCGUGCGACUGCUGACAUCAGAAACAGACACUGCUUUGGAAUAUGGGGAAGAAAUAAACAGCAGAAGGACUUAGAUUAUUGAAAAUGAGUGUAAGUCAAGAAAAUGAAUACUGAAGUGCCAUGAACAAAAGAAAAAAAGCUGACAGGAAAAAAAGUUAAAAAUCUUCAAACAAGUGAUCUGUUUGCAUUUUAAAAAAUGAACCAGUAGAAGUCAUUAGUCUUCUUCCAGCUCACCUCCCUACAGUUCACCAACGGGACAUCACAGUCUUUGUUCGGUAAAUUUAGUUACUACUUAUCAAAACAAUGAAAAUGAAAAAGAAUAUUAUUCUCACCAAAUCCACAACUGGAACAGUGUUAAAAUUCCUGCAGCUUCAUGUUCCUUACUAAAGGAAGAUUUAAUUGUCAAUCAUGAAGAUUCACACACCAAAUGAAACAUACAGUUACUAGAAUUGGGAGGGAGAGGUCAAACAAUCAACAGACAGCUGAUUAAUACCAUAAAAUGAUGGUAUGGCACAUCCGUGUAAUGAGAUUAUUACCUCCUCACAGUCAGCUUCCACCUACUCCACUGGUUCUAAAUGCAAAUUCCUCUCCAAACCGAGAACUAGUAAAUCAGAAAUUCUGGGGAUGGAAGACAAAACUCAGGAUAUUAAACCCUCCACAUAAAAACACCCAAAACACUGCCUUGCUCCCAUCCCUCCAGUCCUAUUCCCUACACGGCCUUCUCCCUAGCUCACUUUGCCAGGCACACCGAGCUGGGUUCUACAAACACACUCAGAACACUCACAUUAUAGGGCAUUUUCAUUAGUUGUCCCUCUUCCUGGACAGUUAUUUGCCAUCCUGGAUAUUAUUAAAGUGUCUAUUAAAAUGUCACCUUCUCGAUGAGGCC